GGGUCGGUGCUUAACGCGUCAUCUAUAAAAGGGGAGGGGGAGGGCAGGAGUGGAGUAAACAAUAACAGAGGAGGACCGAAUCAAUGAGAGGACACACACACACACAGUGACACUGUAACAGACAGAGAGGGAGUGACCGACCGAGGUCAGAGGGCACAGUGACAGCUGGCGCUCGAGGAAGCGUUCGGAGCGGUGGCAGUUGGAGCUCGAGGAGCCGUUUGAAAAGGCUGAGGCUGCGCGCGGUGUCCCCGCCAACGGUCGACGGCGGCGGCGCGAGGGAAGGCUGUCAGUCUCUGAUGGUGAAUUAGACUGUGAAGCGGGUGGGAAGGAAGAAGGAAGGAAGGACCACCACCACCCACCCACCACCACCCCGGGGGCCAGAGAGCUGCUGCGCCUAUCAUAUCAUAUCAUAUCAUGCCUUUCCUGGGGCAGGACUGGAGAUCGCCGGGAGGCUGUUGGGUGAAGACGGAGGUCGGCUGGAAACGCUUCGAGUUUUACCGAGUGGAGGAGGGAGAGGAGGAGGAGGAGGGAGAGGAGGGAGAGGGAGAGGAGGAGGAGGCGGCGAUAAAUACCGCCGUCGUCCGCAAUAACAACAUCAACAAGAAGAAGAACCAAUUGGAGGAGGAGACCAAGGAAAAUGUAAUUAUUGCAGAAGAAUGUGAGGUGGUUGCAAAAAAGAGGAAGAAGGAUCACUUCAACAACAACACAAAGGCACAAUAUUUUUGUCAGGAAAAGUGGAUCUAUGUUCAUAAAGGAAGCACCAGAGAGAGACAUGGUUAUUGUACACUGGGAGAAGCCUUUAACCGCUUAGAUUUUUCAAGUGCAAUUCAAGACAUCAGAAGAUUCAACUAUGUGGUUAAACUACUGCAGCUUAUAGCGAACUCUCAGCUAACAUCAUUGAGUGGAGCUGCGCAGAAGAAUUACUUCAACAUUUUGGAAAAGAUUGUCCGAAAAGUAAUUGAGGACCAGCAGAAUCCUCGACUAAUCAAAAACCUUCUGCAGGAUCUUGGCUCUGCUCUCUGUAUCCUAGUCCGAGAGGUGGGAAAGUCUGUUCUUGUGGGCAACAUUAACAUUUGGGCUUAUCGUAUGGAAUCUAUCUUAAAUUGGCAACACCAGUUGAACAACCUUCAGAUGAACAGGGAAAUAAGCACUGGUGUGACACUGAGUGACCUUCCACUUCACAUGCAAACCAGUAUUCUACACAGGUUUUCAGAUGGUCUUGAUAUUAUCAACUUGAGCCAGGUGACUUCUACUCUGCACAUGCUCAGUGAAGACAGACAUCUGUGGAAAAAACUUUGCCAAUACCAUUUUGCAGAAAAGCAGUUUUGCAGGCAUCUGAUUCUGACAGAGAAAGGUCACAUUGACUGGAAGCUAAUGUACUUCACACUGCAGAAAUAUUAUCCCAAAAAGGAGCAGUAUGGAGAUACUCUACAAUUUUGCAGGCAUUGCAGUAUUCUCUUUUGGAAGGACUACCAUCUUGCUUUAUUAUUCAAGGAUACAGGACAUCCAUGUACAGCCAACAAUCCUGAAAACUGCUCCACAUCAGUUUCCCCUCAACACUUCAUUGACCUUUUUAAGUUUUAAACGGAACCAUUAACCCUUUUCAACAAAAUUACACAUUUCCUAUUUUUGUAGGAGAGCAAAUUCUUUGCUGCUUUUCUUAUUUUAAUGUGCAAUACACCUUUUCCUCUUUCAGUGAAGGAAAGGGCUCAGUUUUGAACAAACUACAUAUGGAAGCACUUUUCCUACAUCAGAAAAAUAAAUUGUAUUGGACUUUCAGUUCAAAAUACAUUUCUGCAAAUAUAGUAGGUCUUUACCGUUUGAUGUUUGCAUGAAAUUAAUUUUAAUUGAACAGAACCUUUGAAGUUGCAACUUGAUCAAUAUUGGCUUUAAAUACGCAUUUUCACUUCUUGGGUACGUUGCCUGAAAUGUAGUGCUCGCAAAUGAAUCAAAGGUUUCUUUUGAUGUAAUGCAUUGUGUUUCAAAUCUAUUUGCAGAAAUGUUGGCACUAAGUUUAUAAUGUGUUGCUUGUGUAUGAUGUAUUUUUAAGACAAAAAUGCACUUUCUCUGUUUUAAAAAGGCUGCCUUUAUAAACAGACACUUGGCCCCUACAGAGCAUUAUGUAUGAUCACUGUUCAAGACUCUGCUAUGUGCCAUAGAAUAGAACCAUAUUAUUGCUUUGCAGAACUUGUCUUGCUUAAUUUUUUUUAGAAACAGUGCACGUAGAGAUGUACGGUAUAUUUUAAAAUCAUUCCAGGCAUUUGUGGGCAUUUACUGGGGUAAGAAAUUGACUGAAGACAAAUACCAUAUUGUUACAUGUUUGAAUUGUACAAUGUAAAAUUAAUUUAAUUCUUCCCACAAAUAGAACAAAGGUCAGUGUUUUACACUUAAGUUUUGAAACACUGUGCAAACUAAUGUACUGCCAGAAUCUUGUGCAAUGUAGAUAUUUUGGUAAAUAAAGAAGUUAGUCAGUCGUGCAA